AAUGAAUUAACUUAAAAAAUUUACUUAUUAGCGACAUUGAGGAAGAGGAUCAUCCCGUCUGCGAUUGUGAUCGGCAAUAUCCACACACCGGAACAAGUCCCCUUCGAGAGGUAUAGGGAUCUCUUGGCGGAGCUUCGAUCGGGAGCGCGCGACUCGAACGAGCAGUGGAGGAUUCGAAGGAAGAGGCAAUGGAGAAGAGCGUUGGAUGGGAAGUUGGGAACCCGAAGAAUCCAGCAACAACGCCGUCGGAAGGGACCGCUACGCUCCGAUUGUCGGCGAAGAAGCUAGAUGAAAGGGGAACGAGUUCGAUGAUGCUGACGAAAGCCACGGUAGACGAAUUGGGAGAGUGGGGGAUGAAGCAGAUUCUGAGCAGGUCGCGGGAAGCGGAUCUCGGAGAUGAGCGGUUGUCGACGGUGGAAUCCGCUUGAAAGGGGCAGGGGGUUGCAGGAAACUGGGUUCACGCUCGCACCACUUUCAACGGAGGUGGCGAUGCCUCUGGCAACCAAGUUGAAUAGUAUCCCUGAUUCCCGGGUUCAAUUACCAUCUCAAUUUCAAAACCCAAGUUUCAAAAAUCCCUAAAUUGUGGGAUUCCACUGAUCAAUUUUUCCCCCUUCAUAUUCUUUUCAAGGGGAGCUUGCGGUUAUGGAAAUCUUUAUAGUCAAGGCUUCGACUUCAAGACGGCGACAAUAAGCACAUCUUUGUUCA